AUGAAAAGUCAAUAAUUCUCGAGCACUUAAGAUUUGAGGGCAACGUUUACAACACUUAAAAGAUAGACUUUUUUUUAUGUAGGGGAAGGAAAUAAUGGAGAAUUGGUUAGAUAAAUUUUAUCUAAAAGGCCCAAUUUUUAAGAAUAGAGAACUCCUUUCAAGUAAGAGAUACAUAAUAUUAGUGCUCAUUUAAUUUGGAAAUAAAGCAAUAAAUAUUUUAAUUAUUUUUAAUUGGGACAACUUAAGAGUAAAAAAGUCACCAUUAAUCAUUUAGAACACCACUAUGUGAUAACAAAUAAGAAUAAUUUAUUUCACACUCUCGAAAAUUAUUGCAAUGUAAGUUAGCAUUUGAUUCAGUGUAGAAAGCCAAGUUAAAUAUGGAUGAUCUAGUUCCUAAGACAUUUAUUAUAAAUUUAGACUCAGGACAUGUUUAAACAGAUUUAAUGAAAUUUUUGGAAUAUUUUACUUAAUGCAGUAAAUAAUCAUAAAAUAUUUGGUUGAUGAAACCGCCAGAUUUAAAUAGAGGGAACGGAAUUAAAUUAUUUAAUGAUUUAGAUUAAUUUGUUGAAUUAAUGGAAAAUCUUAAUAAAAAGGCACAGAGUUCAGUUAAAUAAUAAAAAUCGAUUACAUUAACGUUGGAUAAUAAAAGAAAAAUUAAAUUAUCGAUUGAUGAUUAAGAUAAAUAAAUAGUGCUUUAGAAAUAUCUCGAAACUCCAUUAUUAUACAAUUAGCGUAAAUUUGACAUUAGAGUUUGGGUUUUAAUCGAUCAUAAAUUAAAUUAUUAUUUUUUUCGUGAAGGUUAUUUUAGAUUGGCAACAGAAAGAUUUGNAAGAAAAGUAAAUUGA